AUGCUUCUUCGAGAAUUGUUAAUCGUUGUUUUACAAUCAUUAUAUCUCUUCCAAUCUGCAUCAACCCAAACUGUACCAAAGAAGGAUCAUUCUAAGAACCAAUAUUUUGCUGUAGAAAGUGAUCUGUCAAUCGAACAACUAAAAAAUUUACAUCCAGAUUGGAAUUUUGAACAUAAUGUUAGAGGUUUAGAAAAUCAUUACGUGUUUUCUAAGAAAUAUGUUUCAAAUAAUAAUUCAAUAAGAAAAAGAGAUAAUUUUGAGGAUCUCGUAGAUAAUACAAAUGGAAUACUAUCAUUUCAAGAUCUUCCUCCACAUAAAUUAUUUAAAAGGGGGGUCAUACCCAGAGCUCCUAUAGAUUCAGGUAUGCAAAAAAUAUUUGAUUUUGAAAAGGAAUUGAAUAUUCAUGAUCCUCUAUUCCAUGAACAAUGGCAUUUGAUAAAUCCUUCUUUUCCUGGGAACGAUGUUAAUAUGACUGAUGUUUGGAGAGGUAAUAUCACUGGUAAAAAUGUUACAGUUGCCAUUGUUGAUGAUGGUGUGGAUUAUGAAAAUGAAGAUUUGAAAGAUAAAUUUUGUUUUGAAGGAUCUUGGGAUUUUAACGAUAAUACUGCUAAACCUAAACCAAGAUUAUCAGACGAUUAUCAUGGAACCCGUUGUGCAGGUGAAAUUGCCGCUGUUAGAAACGAUUAUUGUGGUGUAGGUGUCGCUUUUGACGCACAUAUUUCUGGUUUACGAAUUUUAUCAGGUGAAUUGACUGUUGAAGAUGAAGCUGCUGCUUUAAUUUAUGGUUUAAAAUACAAUGAUAUAUUUUCCUGUUCUUGGGGUCCACCGGAUGAUGGUCAGCAUUUACAAGGGCCAUAUGAUUUAGUUAAAAAGGCAUUUAUCAAGGGUAUUCAAGAUGGUAGGGAUGAAAAAGGGGCAAUUUAUGUUUUUGCAAGUGGUAAUGGCGCCAUAAGCGGUGAUAAUUGUAAUUAUGAUGGUUAUACUAAUUCUAUUUAUUCGAUUACAAUUGGUGCAAUUGAUCAUAGGGGUUUGCACCCUGCCUAUUCAGAAAGUUGUUCUGCUGUUAUGGCUGUCACUUAUUCUUCUGGAUCAGGAAAAUUUAUUGAAACUACUGAUAUUAAUGGUAAGUGUAGUACCCAUCAUGGUGGAACUUCUGCAGCUGCACCAUUAGCUGCAGGUGUAUAUGCAUUAUUAUUAGAAGCUAAUCCAGAAUUAACUUGGAGAGAUGUUCAAUAUUUAACUAUUUUAUCAUCAAAGACCCUUGAUGAAAAUACAGAUGGUAAAUGGCAAGAAGGUGCAUUGGGUAAAAGAUAUUCACAUAUGUAUGGUUAUGGUAAUUUAGAUGCAUAUGAAUUGAUAGAGUUGGGUAAAACUUGGGAAAAUGUUAAUCCCCAAGACUGGUAUUUCUCUAAAGUUCGACAAGUGGAUUCAACGACUAAUUCUACUGACGACAUUUUAGAAUCUACGAUAAGAGUAUCUGAGCAAGGUUUAAAGAAUGCUAACGUUAAGAGAAUUGAACAUAUUCAAAUAAUUGUAGAUAUCGACUCUUCUAUUAGGGGUCAAACCACCAUUGACUUGAUUUCUCCAACUGGCAUGGUGUCUAAUUUGGGUGUCAUUAGAAAGCAUGAUUUAGCUAAUAGUGGUUUUAAAGAUUGGACUUUUAUGUCAGUUGCUCAUUGGGGUGAAGAUGGUAUUGGUGACUGGAAAUUACAAGUUAGAACUCAUGAUGCAUCAAAUAAAAUUACUUUUAAUAAUUGGAGAUUAAAAUUUUAUGGUGAAUCUAUUGACCCCACAAAAGUUCAGAAAUUUGUUUAUGGUCAAGAUAAAGUUGUAGAUGAAAAGCCAAAUAAUGAUGAAGAUAAUUCUAGUAUCGCCUCUUCCAAUGCUCCACAAGAUACGAGCACUACCAUUAAUCCAUCACAUACUAGUUCUGAAGAAAGUAAGCCAUCCAGCAUUGUCAGUAAUAUUCCUGAACCUACAUCUUCGUCUAUACCAAACAAGAGCAAUAUAGAUAAUCAGAAUAGUGACAAAGCAGAGGGAUAUGAUGAUGAUGUAGAGACGCCUAAUAAACUAUCUUCCAAACAAAAAUGGUUCAAUUAUUUUGUUUCAUUGUUUGCUGUAGGUGUUGUCAUUUUCAUUCUAUAUAUAAUGUUCUUUACAAAGACAAGAAGAAAGAUUAAAAGAUCUAGAGCGGAGACAUAUGAAUUUGACAUCAUUGAUACAGAUUCAGAUUAUGACUCAACAUUAGAUAAUGCAUUGAUAACAGCUGAAGGAUUGAAUGAACCAUUGGAUAUUGAUGAUCUAGAAUUUGAUUUGUCUGAUGAAGAUAGAUUAGGAUCUACCGAUAUUAAUGGUAAUAAGGUAUUAGAAAACAUUGAUUCGGUUUUGACUGAUCCUUUUGUUGAUCCUUUACCCACUGUUCAAGAGGAGGAUGAAAAUAAUAAUGGGCAUGAAAAUCUAGCUCUUGAUGAUGAUCCUACUGACGACAUAACCAUUGCUGUUACUGAAAAUGAUAAACUAGAUAACUAA